CACAAACUCAAUUCACUUUCACUUCUUACAGCUGGUCUGUUCUCUUGCACUCACACCCUCCACCACUUCGACUUCCGUCCUCUUCCGUGCAUCACAUCUCAAACGCAAACAUGAAGUUCACCUCGUUCCUUCUUGGCUUCGCUGCCACUGCUAUCGCCAGCCCCAUCAGCAAGCGCGCUGUCUUCAGCCAGACAACAUACGACGAUCUCUCCAUCAGUGGUGGCACUGCAGGAAAUGCCCAGCAAGAAGCGCUGCAAAAGCUUGGCGGUCUGCCAACUGACCUAUCAACGGUUGAAAAGUCUGACUUGGACUUCCUCAACAGUGUCAAUCAGAUUGCGAAUGAUGCUGAGGAUGAGGCCUUCAACCCUGCUAUCGACGCAGCUUCCGGCGAAGCAGCCGAUGCUCUUCAGCGCGGAAAGAUUAAGAACAAGGUCUUGAAGUUGACUGCUACUAUUCUCAAGCUUCAGGCUCAGCAAGCGCAGGGUGAGGAUGUCGCUGAUAAGCUAGCCGAGGAGAACAAGAAGUUGCAGAACAACAUUUCGCAGGACAAGGAUGAAGCUGGAAAGGCUUCGACGUUCCUUGCUUUUGAUGCGACUACAAGCUAAGAGGAUCGAGUAAUGCUGGUGAGGGAAUUGGUGUUAGUAUUAUGAUAGGCAGGCCUACACAGUGUAUCAAGUAAUCCAAACAUAUUCAGACUCAGG